UUUAAUCAUUUACAUUAAAAUAUAAGUAUUGAUUUAUUUACUGUAUAUAGUUGCUCUGUCACCCGGUAACGCCCGACAUGUAAGAGGAAUUCUAGUAACCUCACGGGUCCAAUUUAGGUGUACAUCGACAUAUUUUGGAAUAUUUAUGCCCCCCCUGGAAAAACUCAGGAUAUAUAUGUUAAAUGCGACCUAGGCCUAGUCAAUAGAACCCGAAUUAAAGAACUUAUCAAUGGAAAUAAAUUUUAGAAAUAGUCUAGGGUAGUUUUUGUUUCGACAAUCUUUAGUGAGUGAAUCCUCGGUAAUUUAUGAGAGAUAUUCGCUUUCCUCGUGAUGUAGCCCCAUGUAACUUUAAUUGGUUGGUAACAUUAGAACAAUGUAAACGUUAGCACUACAAGACCGUCGAUGUAGCCUACUGCAGCGCCCAGCGUAUCUUCUGACGAAUGUACACAGUUACUUAUGUUCAUGAAUAUUUUCGGGCGGAAACAAAUCCUUUUUCAUAUUUUACUUGCGAGUGUAAGAUUUAUACUUUUAUCCUGUAUACGAUGACGGAAUGUCCAGUCAUGGAACGUGUGUAAUCAAGUCAAAUUUACCGGGUAUAAACUUCUAAAUGAUCAACGCUAAAGCCUGUUUGAGACUCGGCACGGAUAACCUUCCAAAAUACGCAUUCCUUGAGAUAAAACGUAGGAUUUUCUUAUAUUUUGUAAUGAAUUUUUGUAACCCUAUAAUAUGUCAUAAAUAAUAUGAAUGAUAUGAACAUGAUGUGUGAAAUAUUAGCAAAAUAUGUCAAUUUAUCGGGGCAAAAGUCAGCCAUAUUGGAAAAUCUUUGGUUGUCAUGGCGACCACCAAGUCACGCCACCCAUCUCCGCUUGGGCAUCCAAAUACGAUGAUAAUAAAUACUUUCACGUUGCUUUAUGAUUGUUCCAUGCCUUUCAUUUACACAUUGUAUAACUUGCUUCCUGAUCACUAACACUGAUAUUACAUUUAAAUAUUACAUUUAAAUCACAUGUAUUAGAUCUAGUAAGCAAGCAGUUUGGGCCAAUAUUUCAAGACUCUUUAGGCGGACUCUUUCAUUGUUAGGCCCAGUUACUUGUUCAAGAAAUGUUUUGAAUCCAUCCCCAAUUUAUCAACAUUAUGCCAUUAGUUUUGCUAACGCUUUAGCUUUUAUUAGUUCUGGUACAAUAUGCAACGUGUGCAACUUGUCUAUUUUGUUACCUGUAAAAACCUUAUCUAUAUGGCAUUAGCAAACAUUUUUGAUAGCUCUUUGGUUUCGUUACGGCGUUCACAGCCCCAUAUAUGAAUGAUAGGGUAUCUCAGUUCUCUAGCACUAGGCUAUAGGCCUACGUCGCUAUGUAAGUUCUCUAGCACUAGGCUAUAGGCCUACGUCGCUAUGUAAGUUCUCUAGCACUAGGCUAUAGGCCUACGUCGCUAUGUAAGUUUAAUAAUCGUGAACGCCAUCCUGUUUCACCUCUCCUGCCACACAAAGCUUCAUUGCAAGAAUAAUUGCAUUCCGCGAAGGUAUUUUUCACUCCGAAGGUUAACUGUCACUUAUUCUCUGGAGGUGAAACUAGAAUAAAAUUAUCGAUAAUAUUUAUAGAUAUACCGCGAAACAUAUGAAACUGUCGGUUCCCAUCAUCUGUCUUGUGUGAGCACCCAACCAACCUUAUUAACACUCGCUCCUUCCCCAGGACCGCGUCCCUCUGGGACCCCGAGGUCUUACCACCACCUCCCUCCCCAUGUCCGACCCUCCAACCAGCGUAAAUGUAGACCAGGUGUCUCCCCCCUCAACCGCCCUACCCCCACGCCCAGACGUAAGGUCACCCUGAACUGCCAGAGUCCCCUGCCCAAGAAGCACAGGCCUAAGGCUGUGAAGGUAUAGAAAUAUUUUAGUAAAUAUAACCUUAAUCUUCUUGCGGAAAUAAAGAUAUCAACUGAUAUAAUAAUACUUUACAUGCAUUGAUAAAUUGUGGAAGACAGCUAAUAGCCCAAAUUAUCCUUAUUUUAAAUGUUCGUUUUAAGUCAGUAGUCAUUAAAUAUGGUUCACUAUUGAAAGAACCGCUUUGGCCAUGCCUGUGUGGCAAAUAAUGAUCUGGAACAGACCACAUGAAGCGUCACAAAAUCUCCCUCUAUGCCUUUGUAUUUCCAAGAGAGAUGCAUGUAGGGAGAUUCUGUGAGAGGGCGAGGUAAGGACUGAGCGAUGCAGUAGUGAUAACAAGUGCAUGAUUUGAUCAGUGUACCAUACAUGAUGGGGCAGGUCUUCCCACCUUGGCAAUGACUGCUCUUAGUAUUAGUAUGUAACUAUGUUGUGGGAAUUUGUUAUGGUCUAAAUCUAAAACUAAUAUCAUCCAUGACCUAGAAGUGUCCCUCUGUCAAGAAAUCUGCUGGCCGCCCUCACCCCUUGGACUACAGCAAACCCAGCUUUAAACGUCCACAGGUAGGACCUCAGUCAUGGGUGCUGUGACCUCAGAAUAUCGUUCCCCACAGUGUAGGAUCUCCAUAAAUGACACUGUGGCCUCAGAAAUUAACAUCAACAAUAACUAAUAAUAUUUUUUUCAACAUGAGUCAUUGCAAAACCUUAUCCUGUUAUAGGCAGUUUGCGUUUUUCUUACAUCACGGUUAUUACUGUCAAAGAGGGUUUAUUGGGUUCAAUGGAAUUUUGUGUUUUUCUUCCACUGAUUUUUCUCACAAUUUUUUAAAUAUAUUUUAGGAAAGGGGUCUCCGGGUUUGGUAUGAUGAAGACAAGGAUGACAAGGACUCUCCAUGCCUGCAUCCCUCGAGUAGGAAGAGCCGUCCCACGGAGCACCAGGCUGAGGACAGUCUGGUUCCGGAGGAUGAUCACUCUCCUCAUCUGCCUCCUCCCUCAAGGAGGAGCUGCCACACCAAGCGAAAGACAGACCACCGCAUCGAGAACCAGCUGGUUCCAGUCUUUGCCAGGAUGAGUCUGGAGGAGGUCUCCAGGUCUGAUGCUCCUGCUCCUGCUUCUGCUGCUGAUGCUGAUGCUGCUACUGCUGUUGUUGCUUCAGAGAAUCAGGAGGCUUCUUCACAGAAAGCCCAGGGGUGUUCUCGCAAGAGGAAGCUCGGUGAUCUGAAGCAGGAGUUGAGCAACAAGCAGCGCAAGGUGGAAGCCUCCCGUCAGGAACUCCAGGCCAUCAUUGACAGGAAGCUGAAGGAGCUGAGACAGGAGAUGGUGGAGCUGAAGCAGGAGGUGAAGGAGAGGGAGAGGAAGGAGAGGGCAGCCUUCCAGGUUACCAUGGAUACACAGAGUGGCCGACGCAAGGUGUGGAGGAGAAAGCAAGGCAACUCCUCUGCACAGAAGACGUCCACCCAGCCACGCCCACUAAAGAGACUGCCUGACAACUCCCAUCAUUCAGGGAGCACCGAGGCAGCCUCGCAGUGAUACUUCAGUGGUAAGUUGGAGUGUGCAUGUUAAUUUUACAUUAGUUGAUAGUAAGAUAGGUAGAUAGGUAGGUCUCUGUACGUAGGUAGUUGGGAGGAUGGUUCCAAGGGUUUGACACAAUUGACUCUAUGUAUGCAGGGUAAGUGAC